AUGCAACCUCUAAAUCCCUUUCUGAGUGCCUUCUUCAAGAGCGCGCUUCCUUCGCAGUGUACGCCGGUUCAUCACCAUAUUCUACUAGUACCUACUACUGAAGCCCUCCUUACCUCCCGCGACCGCGAUUCUGGCGCUUUAUACUCGGAUUUGGCAGGCUCCGAGGAGUUUCUAGGAAGCCAUGUCUUGCGUAUCCCGACAAAUCAUGCUGCCACGGCGGGAGGGAAGGAUGCGCCAAACAUGCGCGAAAAUCGAGGAAAGGCAAAGCAAUAUACAACUAUCAACGGCAGAACGGUAGUAGUUAAAGAUGCUUUGGUAUAUAGCAAUAAGGGAUUUAAAACUCUCAACCAGGCCCAAUUGCUGAGCGAUACUGUAUGGUACCCUGAUUCCCUAGAGCCACGGCAAUGGCUGGUAUACUACAUAUCGAGACCUUUAGUGGGCACAUUCGAGGAUAUCAAGAUCAUUCCUGCCAUCUUACCCGCCCCUGGGGCGAAUGGCAAUCCAUAUCUACCUACCAAUAUAGAUGCAGAGGGGGAUGCUACUAGUCCAUUGCCCAGAAAGAAGGAUAUCAAGACUUUCAAUGACCUCCUUAAUAAUUUUCCGAUGAUUGCAAAACAGAUGCAGCCAGGACUUGAGCGUCUAUUCAAGGAAUUUAAUGCCGUCUUCGAGAAGCCAUUGCCGCCACCGCCCUCAGCAGCUGUCAUCCCAGAUCCAAUACCAGAUGGCCCGAUCGCAACAGCGAUGAAGAAAGUAAGGUCUAAUAGUACAAGUGCGGCCCCCGGCCUCCGAUCAAAUGGCCAUGCUGAACGGGGUACCAUGGAUAAUCUUUUCGCGGAGGAUGAUGAAGAAAUCAUGCGCGGCGCACUAGAAACAGCCGUAACAGCGGCUAUUGAUCUCUUUCAAAUGGUCGAUAAACAACAAUUGUCUCUUCUAGGAGCUACUACUGAUUUGACUGGGCCGGUUGUGGAGCGGCUAAUCGAGCGCUACGUGACGGAGCAAGUACAUGAUACAAUUUUAUACCCGAGACUAUGUGCUAUGAAACGAGCUGAGGACCAAGAGUUAGAGUCAAAGAUCAGACAAAUGGAAUUUGUGGAUAUCUCACAAGUUGGGAUUUCAAUACAAGACGGCCACCGAGGAAAGCAUGAAUUGACAUUGCGACUCGGUCGAGCUGUCGAAGAAUUCCGAAAGCUUGGUGCGGCUGGAAGUCCUCAGCAUAUGAUGGAUAUUCUGCUCUCGACCUUGAAGACUGUUACCCAACUAAGCCCCACACCGAAAACUGGUCCGAAUGGGGAGUGCUCUUCCGAGAAAGCCAGUACUGUUCUAACGAUCAACGCCGACACAUUGGUCUCCUUGCUCCUGGUUGUCGUAAUCAGAUCCCAAGUUCGCUAUCUUCAAGCACGUUUGCUGUACAUGCGCCACUUCAUAUUUAUCGACGAUGUUGAGAGUGGUGAGAUGGGAUAUGCCCUCAGUACCCUGGAAGCUGUCCUAUCUUAUCUUGCAAGAGACUCUGGUGGCCUACGAAAAGCUAGCAGGAGGAAUCACAAAUUAUGGGAGGCGACAAAGAAAGGUCGGAUUAAGGAAGUGAGAAAGAUAAUGGAACCAGACCUAGAACAGUCAUCAGAUGAGGAUGAUGGAGACGAUGAGCCUGUUGUUGAAGACAUAAUUGACGAAAAUGCUCCCUGGAAUACUGUGAAUGGGCACUCCAGGCAGUCGUCGAGGAGUAGUCUUGGCAGGUUAUCACAAGCAUCAACGCUCAACCACGUAUUCCCGUUCCAAAUUCCGCGUGGCGAGCAGGUGGUGGAGGAGCGAUUACCACCCUUUCAAAGACCAAAGACCGUCACCAUGGAUACCCGAAGUAUGUCAAGCAGCUCAGAGAUAUCUUUCCGCUCCAGAGCAACUACCAUCGACUCUAUGACCAGUGGUAUUGAGGGCGAUACCUCAAUCGAGCGUCUUUCUCAGACAGAGGAUGCAUUUGGCGAAUCUGUUCUGAUGAUGGCUAUUCAGAACAAACAACCGGAGUCAUUGAGAUAUUUGCUUUCUAUCCAUGAAUAUUACCCAUCCUACAUUGUCCUGCAGGAUUCGAACAAUGAGGGAACAACUCUCCUCAGUGCAGCUGUUCAGGUAGGACACGCCGAGCUUAUCGACAUCCUUCUAGACUUCAUAUACCGGUCUGGACCUGAGUCAAUGGUUGUGGAAUAUCUUGCCCGACAGGAUGUUAGAGGUAGAAGUGCUGCUCACUACUUGUUCAACGCCCCCUUUUUAAUACCUCGAGUGGGUCGCUUGUUACCCUGGCGGCAAAAGGACAAAAACGGUCAAACACCGCUAUUUGCUCUUUGUCGCUCAUAUGAUCAUGCUGACUAUCGGCAAAUGGUUGAGAAUGGGCUUACUGCGGCAACAAGCUAUCAAGGAGAUGGUCAACCAUUGCAUCUUGAUGAUCAUAUCGACUCGAAAGGCAACACGCUGUUGCAUAUUGUAAACGACCCCCAAAUUGCUCAUCGCAUUUUAUUGCAUUGCGAUUCCAAUGUAAAUGCCACCAAUGACAAGAGGUUUACAGCAUUGAUGGUUGCAAGCAAAUAUGGCAGAUUAGAAAUGGUCAGAGUGCUAUUUGGUGAUCCUAGAGUAGAUCUCUUCGCAAAAGAGUUACGAGGCCUCACUGCUGUCGAGCUUGCCAAGGAUGACGACGUGAGGAACCGCAUUGAUGACUUGAUUUUAUUUUCAGGACAGCCUGCAGCCGAUGGGCGUAUCACAGCUGUGGUUAGGUCAUUCUUCGUUGAAGAUGCUACCAUUCGUCUUGUCGUCAAGUCAGGCGCUCCAUCCAGUCAACAGAGCUUUACGGUCACGACUUGCCGAAGAUCCCUUGCUGAUUUUGAACAUCUUGCAAGGUUACUGGCGCUGGAAAAUCCAGCGUCAUGGCUGCCGUCGAUAUCUGGAAUGCGGUCCCCUUUCCAGUUCCCUUCCAAGCCAUCACGGGCGGUAUUACGAGAUAUCCAAGUUCGGCUCGAUGCAUUCUUGAAGAUUCUUCUAUCCCACUCAACAUUUUCUACCCACGAAAUGCUAUGGGAGUUCUUCCUCGUGCCCGAUAUCCAGCUGGAUAUGAUGGAACAACGAAGCAAACUGAAAGCUGAGACAAGGGUCGAAAAAGUGCGAGAAGAAUAUGAGCCUAUCGAGGAUAUACGAGAUGUCGAGCAGUUUGUUGAUCAUGCAAGGGAUAUGGUCCGUAGUGUUAAUAACUCUACGAAAAGCGUUGCCCGUCGAGCCAAUAUGUUACGAACUGGCUGUACAGACUUUUAUGACGCUGCCAGCCUAGCGUGUCGUGCAUUUUCAACGCUCGAAUUUCUCCCGCCGUCUCACAUCUCUGCUCUUGAAGCCUGUGUACAAACACUCGCUCCCACCUCAUCGUCACCAUACUCUAACUUCCAUUCGAAAAUAUUGUCCAUCCACAGCACCGUUAUUGCCAUGUUACUCGCCCUUUCACGACCAACUUCCUUAAUAUCGUCAAUCAACACGUCGAGAAAAGCUAUUGAGAAGUCAUAUAACUCGCUAUCACGCUCUACCCGCUGGCCCUUAGGCCUCCUCGACGAGACCCGUCAACGUCUGAACGAAGAAAAAGAAGAAAGAGUCAGGAGGACAAGAGAGGAAGAACAAGAACUAGGAAGAGAGUUGAGAUAUACGCAGCAAGUUGUUGCGUCGGAGCUUGCGGGCUGGCAAGAUUUGCAUGAGAAGAUGGGAAAGAAAGCCCUUAGAGAUCUAGCGAGGGAGAUGUUGAUUAAGGAACGAGCGACAUUGGAGGGUAUGAGGAGGGCUAUGAGGAAGUUGAAAGUGCAGGCCGAACCUGCACCUAAACCUACUAGGGAUUUGGACACUAUACUGAACGGCAGUGACCAGGCGGAGAGCUCGUCAGCCUAG